ACUGCCUUAAAUGGCACACGGCAGUUGAAACAUUGAAUUUAACUUUACCUUUGCUAAACCGAGGACAGAAAUCCCAAACCAGUCUAAGGCAGGUGAACAGUAAGCUACCCGUCUCCUUCCCGUUUUACAGAGCUACGCGGUAAGGCUGGAGCAGCCCAAUCCAGCGGCAGCGUCCCGGAGGAGGACGGAGCGGCUGAGGGGGAGGAGCCGGGGCAGCGGUGGGCGGUGCGGAUGCGGCGGGGGGCGGAGCCUCCCUGCGGCCUGCGCACGCUGCUGCUGCAGGUGCGGGAGCUGGGCCUGGGCUACGAGUCGGACGAGGCGGUGCUGUUCAAGUACUGCAGCGGGGCGUGCCCGUGGGUGCGCUCCAACCACGACCUCACCCUCACCAACCUGCUGCAGAGGGGCGCGCUGCCGCCCCCCCCGCCCGGGGAGAGCUGGCUCAGCACCCCCUGCUGCCGCCCCACGCACCACGAGGACCUGGCCUUCCUGGACGAUACCCACCACUGGCACAAGGUGGAGAAGCUGUCCGCUGCAGGCUGCAGCUGUGUGGGCUGA